CCGCCCUCGGUCCUGCCCCGCGCUCACGUGACAGCGCGCCGAGCUCCCCCGCCCGCCUACAGCGGAGGGAGGAGGCCGGGCCGAGCCGGCGCCGCUGCAGGAGCCGCCCGCCCCGCGCCCCCACGGCGGCGCCCCAGCGGCCCCAGCCGGGCUCGCCGGCCCCGAAGCGGCCUCAGGAUGGACGAAGACGGCGGCGGCGGCGAGGGCGGCGUGCCCGAGGACCUGUCCCUGGAGGAGAGGGAGGAGCUGCUGGACAUCCGCCGCAGGAAGAAGGAGCUCAUUGAUGACAUCGAGAGGCUGAAGUGUGAGAUUGCGGAGGUGAUGACGGAGAUCGACAGCUUGACCUCAGUGGAGGAGAGCAAGACGACACAGCGGAACAAGCAGGUCGCCAUGGGCAGGAAGAAGUUCAACAUGGACCCCAAGAAGGGAAUUCAGUUCCUCAUCGAGAACGACCUUCUGCAGAGCUCCCCAGAGGACGUGGCCCAGUUCCUGUACAAGGGCGAGGGCCUGAACAAAACAGUCAUCGGGGACUACCUUGGCGAGCGGGAUGAGUUUAACAUCAAAGUCCUCCAGGCCUUCGUGGAGCUUCAUGAAUUUGCUGACCUCAACCUUGUCCAAGCCUUACGGCAGUUCCUCUGGAGCUUCCGGUUGCCUGGGGAGGCGCAGAAGAUCGACCGCAUGAUGGAGGCCUUCGCUGCACGCUACUGCCUGUGCAACCCCGGCGUCUUCCAGUCCACGGACACCUGCUACGUGCUGUCCUUUGCGGUCAUCAUGCUCAACACCAGCCUGCACAAUCACAACGUGCGCGACAAGCCCACGGCCGAGCGCUUCAUCAGCAUGAACCGUGGCAUCAACGAGGGCGGUGACCUCCCUGAGGAGCUGCUGCGGAACCUGUACGAGAGCAUCAAGAAUGAGCCCUUCAAGAUCCCCGAGGACGACGGCAAUGACCUGACGCACACUUUCUUCAACCCCGACCGCGAGGGCUGGCUGCUCAAGCUGGGGGGCCGCGUGAAGACCUGGAAACGGCGGUGGUUCAUCCUGACUGACAACUGCCUUUACUACUUCGAGUACACCACAGACAAGGAGCCCCGGGGCAUUAUCCCGCUGGAGAACCUCAGCAUCAGGGAGGUGGAGGACCCGCGGAAGCCGAACUGCUUUGAGCUCUACAACCCCAGCCACAAGGGCCAGGUCAUCAAGGCCUGCAAGACAGAGGCGGAUGGCCGAGUGGUGGAGGGCAACCACAUUGUGUACCGCAUCUCUGCGCCCAGCCCUGAGGAGAAGGAGGAGUGGAUGGAGUCCAUCAGGGCCAGCAUCAGCCGGGACCCUUUCUACGACAUGCUGGCCACACGCAAGCGCAGGGUUGCCAACAAGAAGUAGAGCAGCUGCCCCGCAGCUCCAGGGCAGACUGGGGGCCAUUCCAGAAGGUUGGAGGCUGGAAUUACGCGGCGGCCCAGAGGAAAGUGAGUCCCCGGAGCCCCUGUGCUGGGUCCUGAGGAUGCCCAUCGCGCGGGGAGGCCCCGGCCCCUUCCAGAAGCUUCCGCCAGCAGCUAUGUCUGCUAGAGUGGCAGCUGGGGGACUCAGCCUGGCGGUGGUGUCACUGUAUCGUGGAAGCCACUGUUUCUCUUCAGAACAGGGAAGAAAGAGCUCCACCACUUUUCUAUCCAGUUUUUUUCCUCAGAUAUAUAGGAUUAUAGCUUUUAUAUGCCUUUUUGUAUUCCAAGAGUAUAACAGAAGAUCCUUUCUAACAGUAGUAUUUUUAGAAUGGCAGCUACGUCAGAGUCCUGGGCCCAAGCGUGUGCUUACUGUGCACUGAGGAAGCAACACCCAGGGGCACCCAGGCCCCCUGCCCUGCGACUGUGGGAUCGUGGGGUGCCUCCUGCCAGUCCCCCUGGGGUCUCACACCCUGGCCUGUGGCAGGUCCUGGGAGCCCCGCAGUUCAGCCAGAUGUAGGGUGCAGACAGGCUUUGGACGUGUCUUCUCUGCUGAAGGUGCAGACCCACUUGUGAGACCGGAUGUGUCUGUGUGAUUGUGUGUGUGAUUGUGCGUGUGGACAGAAUCCGGGUGACUAGCAAGUGCAGCCUUGGCAAGCGAGGCCUCCUGCCCUGCGCCCAGCUAUUCAGCCUGAGGGAAGAGGGCAGCACAACUGGGUGGAGGAGCUUCUGGCAACCACACUUUAGAUCUGCCGCCAGGACCUCCUUGCUCCCCACAGGGCUGUUUGCGUGUGUAGGGUUCUCUUCCCCACCCUGCUGGCUACAGAGCCCCCCUCACCCUCCCAUCCUGUCCCAUGGGCGUUUCUGUAGCAGAAGUGACUCCUGCUGCAUGGCCUUGGUGCCAAGAUGGGAGGGUGAAGCCUUUGGCCUGGGUGCCGCCACGCCCGACCUCGCCAUAGCUUUAAGUCACCCGAGACAGCGGAGGGGCUGAGCCCUGGACUGUCCCCCCUGCAGCUUCCAGGCUUUGCUGCUGCACUGAUACCUCAGACUUGAAUCCUUAGUCCCUAAAAGGUGAGUCAGCGUGCCUGGCUGCCACAUAUGCAAGUCCUGCCCCAGUCUUCCCUGGACCACCAGACCAAACACUGCUCGAGACCCUCCAGCACCCAGAUCAAUGUCCCCCGAGUGGAACCCAAGGGCUUUCUGUGUCUGGGUUUGGGAGAGGCAGGAGUCUCCCUGGCCGCAGCGGUGCUUCUUAGAACCUGUCACUUGUCGUCAAGAGUUCCCGUGUGUCCGCAGACAUGUUUUGUCACAACAGUAUUACCCUGGCGUGAUCCCAUGAGGCCGGGCAGGGGCGGGGUGCAGCUGAACGUCAAUGUGCUCUGUGCUCAUGUCCACCCCCCGCCCAUCGCACGCUCAGUGCUGCCCUCGAUGUCUGAGCAGGACGGUGGGUGCUGUGUCCCUUGAGGUCUGUCUGGGUCAGAAACCACACCUUGUGAUUUCUUGUUUUAUUAUUUUUGCCCUUAGGAGACAUUCCUAUUUACAGUAAAUAUUUGUGUACAUAGUGUACAGAUCUGGAGUGUCCUUCAGUGUAUAUACUCCCAUAACCUGCACGAACAAGUAAAUGCCGUGUCUGUUGAUAUUUUGUUGUAAAGUGAGCAGCUGUCACUUGCGGCUGUGGGGGUCACAGGUCCCGUGAUCACUGAAUAAAAAGCAAGCGUGUGAAGGCUC